UAUCAAGCUGACGUCAUCCUCCAGAUUUAAUGGGCUGUUAAUAAUCUUAUAAAUAGAGUUAACUGAUCUAAUCCCAUAAUUUCAUUGUGGAUUCAACGCUCACCACGCCCACGCAGAGAAACAUGAGCUCACACAAGAGACCUGUCCGGGCUCGGCCCGAUUCAGACAACAAUUUCUCCGUGGCCCGUGACCUGAACGCACCAGGUGUGGAAGAGGGCCCCGGUCUCCUGGCCAAGCUGAUGGAGCUUCCCGUAGCCCGUCUGUCCCGGCAGCAGCUCAAAAGGCUGGAGGAGCAUCGGUACAGCAGUGCGGGACAGUCCCUCCUGGAGCCCUUCAUGCAGGGAUUCUGGUGCUGGCUGGUGAGCAAAGUGCCUCUCUGGAUGGCGCCGAACCUCAUCACCAUAGUGGGACUCGCUACUAAUAUUAUCAGUACUCUGAUACUGGUAUACUACUGCCCUACUGCCACCGAACAGGCACCAACGUGGGCAUACUUGGCCUGUGCUUUGGGUCUGUUCAUCUAUCAAUCAUUGGAUGCCAUAGAUGGAAAGCAGGCACGAAGGACCAACAGCAGCACACCACUUGGAGAGCUCUUUGACCAUGGCUGUGACUCCCUCUCUACAGUGUUUGUGGUCCUGGGCUCCUGUAUAGCAGUGCAGCUGGGCACUCACCCUGACUGGAUGUUUUUCUGUUGUUUUGUGGGCAUCUUCAUGUUUUAUUGUGCCCACUGGCAGACGUAUGUUUCUGGAACGCUGCGCUUUGGCAUAAUUGAUGUGACUGAGGUUCAAAUCUUCAUUAUAAUCAUGUACUUACUGGCUGCCAUUGGAGGAACAGCUUUUUGGCAAUCUGUGAUCCCUGUGAUAAAUAUCCAGAUUAAAAUAAUACCGGCCGUUUGCACUCUUCUGGGUGCCAUUUUCUCCUGCACAAACUAUUUCCGGGUUAUAUUUACAGGCGGAAUGGGCAAAAAUGGAUCUACUAUUGCGGGAACAAGCGUUUUGUCUCCAUCCUUCCAUAUAGGAGUGGUAAUCACACUUGCUCUAAUGAUCUAUAAGAAGUCAUCAGUGCAGCUAUUCGAGAAACGUCCCUGUCUCUACAUCUUAGCGUUUGGAUGUGUCUCAGCCAAACUCACCAACAGACUGGUGGUUGCUCAUAUGACAAAGAGUGAAAUGCAUCGUAACGACCUGGCCUUCACCGGACCAGCGCUGCUGUUUCUGAACCAGUACUUCAACAGUUUCAUCAAUGAGUACUGUCUUCUGUGGGUCGCUCUGGUGCUGUCAGCGUUCGAUCUGGUGCGGUACUGCGUGAGUGUCUGUAACCAGAUCGCCACACACUUAAACAUCCGUGUGUUCAGCAUCCAGCCUCCGUCUCCAUCCAGAGUUCAGGCAGACAGCAGAAAUCACCACUAACCUCGCGUCCCCUCUCCCACAAACACCUCCAGUAGGUCACGCACUUCAGUGAAUGUAAAACACAGCUCACAGAGACCGAGCCCAAAUGGCUGCAGUUAUGAACUUUGUUCUCAUAAUGAAGAGCGAGGAUAUUUGAAGGAUGAAAGGGAAUAUUAAACAGAAUAUACAUCCUACGGUUAGAACGACAUUCAGUUGUCAGUAUUUUGUUGUUAGAUGACCGAUUUUGUUUGCCAUAGAAAGAUUUGCCACAGAGGCCACAACUAUGAAUGUUUAAAAAAAAUUAUUUUACAGUUUAAAUGUUUGUUUUGUUUCUGUUCAUUUUGUUUUGUUUUGCACCAAGUAUUUUGCCCAGCAGUGUAGAAUUCAUUCCAUUAACAGACAACAAUCCAUCUGAAUGUAAUUUCGUAAUUACAGAACGCUAUAGGCGUUAACUGGAAACUUUCCAGCCGUUCACUUCAAAAUGAAAUGUCAAAAUUGAAACUUAAACGCCAGUAUCACUGUUGCCAGUAUAAUUUUUCUUUCUAUGCAUUUGUUACUUUGUGUUUGUAGUGUUUUGAAGGGGAUUAUUAUUAUUAUUAUUGUUAUUUAGGUUUGCCAAUGUCACUAAAUGAUAAAAACUGUAUUAUAAACAGUAUUUUGAUAGUGCUGUAUUUUCCUAAUAAUAACUGGGGCCAAGAUAGACAUCUAGAAUGGUUAUAAGUGAGUUACACUGUACAUAUAUGAACCCUUAAUAACAGACAUUAAAACCUAAAAAUCAGUGUUUGUGGUCUAAAUACUUUAGUUAAUGUGAACCUGUGCUAAUUUAUUUUUGUGCCUUUUAUUUGUCACUGUCGGUAUACUCCUCUAUGCACAGUAAAAGUUGGACUCAGCGAUUUUGAUAUUUUUUUAACCUCUUGUGUAAACCAUAUUUUGUUUGUAAGCAUCAUACUCAACAAGGAUGCAAUUUCAUAUUCCUGCAUGUUGCGUUAUUAAAUUAGCAAUCUGAAAUCAGUCAUUAUAUAUAUUUUACCUUCAUGCCAAUUUGUUUUUAGAGAAAACUGGAUUUUUUGACAGAAUUAUAUUGCAAAACAAUAGACAUUAAAGCCCCGUUCACACCAAGAACGAUAACUAUAAAGAUAACGAUAUUAGCGUCCAC